AUGGUUUUGGAAACAAAGCAAUCGAAGAAUGUGUGUGUGAUUGGAGCAGGACCAGCGGGGAUAGUGACAGCCAGGGAGCUGAGAAGAGAAGGUCAUGAGGUGGUUGUGUUGGAGCAGAAGCAUGACAUUGGAGGACAAUGGCUAUAUGACCCAAAUGUAGAACAAGAGGAGGAUCCUUUGGGAAGAAACCCUUGGCUAAAGGUGCAUAGUAGCAUCUAUCAAUCUUUAAGACUCAUGUCCCCAAGAGAGGUCAUGGGCUUCACUGAUUUCCCUUUUUUAGUCAAGAAAGAUCGAGACCCAAGGAGGUUUCCUAGCCACACAGAGUUCUUUCUCUACCUCAAGGACUUUUGUGAAUGGUUUAAGGUUACAGAGAUUAUCAAGUUCAAUACAAAGGUGCUUUAUGUGGGACCCUUAAACUAUGGUGUCUCUGGUCAGGAUUUGAAAUGGCUUGUUAGAAGCAAAGAGAACAAGAGCGAUGAUGAAGUUGAACAAGUGUUUGACGCUGUGGUUGUGGCCACUGGCCACUACUCUAAGCCUAAAUUGCCCUCCAUUCAAGGAAUGGAUACAUGGAGAAGAAAACAAAUUCACAGUCACAUUUACAGGUCUCCAGAGCCAUUCCGCGGGGAGAUAGUGGUGGUGGUUGGAAAUUCUUAUAGCGGACAAGAAAUAUCAAUGGAACUUGUGAAAGUAGUGAAGGAACUCCACCUGAGUGCGAAAUCACUUGACAUCUACGAGGGUAUAUCUAAAGUGAUAUCCAAAUACGAGAACUGUCACCUUCGUCCACAGAUACACAACCUUCAAGAGGAUGGGAGUGUCGUUUUCACGGAUGGUUCCAGCAUUCUCGCAGACACUAUUUUAUACUGCACUGGGUACUCCUAUUCCUUCCCAUUUCUUGACACAAAGGGAAUGGUUGUUGUGGAUGAUAACAGAGUUGGUCCUUUGUACGAACACACUUUCCCUCCAUCACUUGCUCCUUCUCUUUCUCUUGUGGGCAUCCCCAGAAAGAUCCUAGCGCUCCGUUUCUUUGAGUCUCAAGGAAAAUGGAUAGCUCAAUUGCUUUCUGGGCAAAAAGUUUUGCCAUCAUGUGAGGAAAUGAUGAAAUCAAUCGAAGAGUUUUAUCAUUCAAGAGAGGUUGCUGGUAUUCCUAAACACUACACCCAUGACAUUGGAGACUUUGAUUAUUGUGACAAAUAUGGAGAAAAUGUAGGAUUUCCAAAGUUAGAAGAUUGGAGGAAAGAGUUGUGUGUAUCAUCUGUAGUGAACUAUUUUAUCAACUUGGAGACAUGUCGUGAUUCAUGGCAUGAUGAUGAGAAGCUUCAAGAAGCUCUUCGAAAUCCUUACUUCACUCAACUUGGACUUCAUCUUGAAGAUCCUUCUUCGAAAAACUUGAACUAG